CAAAAGAAGGAAUUGUUUGCGAGUUCAGUCAUCCAAAAAAGCUUCUUCCAUAUGGAGGGACCGGGUGCGCUGGGCGCGGCGUCCCCUGCCUUGUCCUCCUGCUGCCGCCGCCGCCGCCGCCGCCACUCCCGAUUCCUGCCGCGGAGACCUUGAGCCCCGCCGGCCGGUGUCAGCAGCCGCGCGCGCACACACGUACUCACACUCACACACACGGACACACACACACACACACACACACACACACACACACACACACACGCACACACACACGCCCGCCGCAGCCGCACGCGCCCGCACGCGCCCUCCCUCCCCGGCCGGCAACUUUUUUGGUCUGGGGCUCCUUUGUUGCUCUCCUGCGGCACCUCUCUCGUGGUGUGUGUCCCUGGGUGUCACUGUGCGGGUUGUGUGUCCGUGCGGCGCGCUGCUGUGUGGCUCUCUCCGCGCCCACCACGCUGGCCCCAGGCCCUGCCUCUGCCUUCCCAGGAGCCAGCUGCAACCAGAGUCCCGGCACAAGCUUCCCUCAAUCCAUGACCCAUGAAGUCUUGUCAACAUUCACAGCGUCUGAGGGUAGCAGCCAUGAAGUAGAAGAAGCAGUAUAGAUGCCAGCUGAAUCCAUGUGCUUCUCGGGUGUCUGCAAGUCUGAUCAAGCAGGUCCUCUGUGGCCUGGGUGGGGUGAGCAGGAGAAGGCGUUUGGCCCAGCAGAUACUUUUACUGGUCAGGAGACGUGGCAGCUUGUACAGAAAAAUACCCCGAGGAAGGAAGCCGCAGCUUUGACAGACAGGUGACUGACUUCAGGAAUGUCCGUGGGUAUUCCAUCUAUAAGGGGAAGAGUGUUGCAGAGGAUUGCAGUCUCUCUGAGUGACUCCGGUGGCUUAUGGGACAUUGGCUUUGGACCCUUUGUAAUACACCUCUCUGUGUGGGACAAUGACGACUCGGAGAGGAAAGGGGCCCGAAGUCACACUCUCCUACCUCCUCUUAGCCGCAGCAGGCUGCUUUGCCAACCUGAAUGAUGUCCCCCAGGUCACUGUCCAGCCUUCUUCCACCGUCCAGAAGCUCGGAGGAACAGUGAUCCUGGGCUGUGUGGUGCAGCCCCCCUGGAUGAACACCACCUGGCGGCUGGACGGGAAGGAGCUGAAUGGUUCAGAUGAGGCUUUGGGCAUCCUCAUUACCCGCGGGACCCUCGUCAUCACCGCCCUCAACAACCGCACCGUGGGACGGUACCAGUGUGUGGCCCGGAUGCCUGCAGGGGCCGUGGCCAGCGUGCCAGCGACUGUGACACUAGCCAAUCUCCAGGACUUCAAGUUAGAUGUGCAGCAUGUGAUUGAAGUAGAUGAAGGGAACACAGCAGUCAUUGCCUGCCACCUUCCUGAGAGCCACCCAAAAGCCCAGGUCCGAUACAGCGUCAAACAAGAGUGGCUGGAGGCAUCCAGAGAUAACUACCUGAUCAUGCCAUCAGGGAACCUCCAGAUUGUGAACGCCAGCCAGGAGGACGAGGGGAUGUACAAGUGUGCCGCCUACAAUCCAGUGACUCAGGAAGUGAAAACCUCGGGCUCCAGUGACAGGCUGCGCGUGCGCCGCUCCACUGCCGAGGCUGCCCGCAUCAUCUACCCCCCAGAGGCCCAGACCAUCAUUGUCACCAAAGGCCAGAGUCUCAUCCUGGAGUGUGUGGCCAGUGGGAUCCCACCCCCACGCGUCACCUGGGCCAAGGAUGGGUCCAGUGUCGCUGGCUACAACAAGACGCGCUUCCUGCUGAGCAACCUCCUCAUCGAUACCACCAGUGAGGAGGACUCGGGGACCUACCGCUGCAUGGCUGACAACGGGGUGGGAGAGCCUGGGGCAGCGGUCAUCCUCUACAAUGUCCAGGUGUUCGAACCCCCUGAGGUCACUGUGGAGCUGUCCCAGUUGGUCAUCCCAUGGGGCCAGAGUGCCAAGCUCACCUGUGAUGUGCGAGGGAACCCCCCACCGUCCGUGCUGUGGCUGAGGAAUGCUGUGCCCCUCACCUCCAGCCAGCGCCUCCGACUGUCCCGUAGGGCCCUGCGGGUGGUCAGCGUGGGGCCUGAGGACGAAGGCGUCUACCAGUGCAUGGCUGAGAAUGAAGUCGGGAGCGCCCAUGCUGUGGUCCAGCUGAGGACUGCCAGGCCAGGCACGACCCCGAGGCCAUGGCGGGAUACUAAGCUGAACUCGGCCACACCUCCCAUGCCACCCUCCAGACCCAGAAGCCCUGAGCAGAUGCUGAGAGGGCACCCGGGGCUCCCGAGGCCUCUGACAUCAGUGCAGCCGGCUUCCCUGCAGUGCCCUGGAGAGAAAGGCCAGGUGGCUCCUGCCGAGGCGCCCAUCAUCCUCAGCUCACCCCGGACCUCCAAGACGGACUCGUACGAGCUCGUGUGGCGGCCUCGGCACGAGGGUGGCAACCGGGCACCCAUCCUCUACUAUGUGGUGAAACACCGCAAGGUCACAAACUCCUCUGACGACUGGAUUAUCUCUGGCAUUCCGGCCAACCAGCACCGCCUAACCCUCACCAGACUGGACCCCGGGAGCUUAUAUGAAGUGGAGAUGGCAGCUUACAACUGUGCAGGCGAAGGCCAGACGGCCAUGGUCACCUUCCGAACUGGACGGCGGCCCAAACCAGAAAUCAUGGCCAGCAAGGAACAGCAGAUCCAGAGAGAUGACCCAGGAGCCAGCCUCCAGAGCAGCAGCCAGCCGGACCAUGGCCGUCUCUCCCCCCCAGAAGCUCCAGACAGGCCCACUAUCUCCAUGGCCUCGGAGACAUCCGUGUAUGUGACCUGGAUUCCCCGUGGGAAUGGCGGCUUCCCAAUCCAGUCCUUCCGUGUGGAGUACAAGAAGCUAAAGAAAGUGGGGGACUGGAUUCUGGCCACCAGCGCCAUCCCUCCCUCCCGGCUCUCGGUGGAGAUCACAGGCUUAGAGAAAGGCACCUCCUACAAGUUCCGAGUCCGGGCUCUGAACAUGCUGGGGGAGAGCGAGCCGAGCGCCCCCUCCCGGCCCUAUGUGGUGUCGGGCUACAGUGGCCGCAUAUACGAGAGGCCCGUGGCAGGCCCUUACAUCACCUUUACUGAUGCGGUCAAUGAGACCACCAUCAUGCUCAAGUGGAUGUAUAUUCCAGCAAGUAACAACAACACUCCAAUCCACGGCUUUUAUAUCUAUUAUCGACCCACAGACAGUGACAAUGAUAGUGACUACAAGAAGGAUAUGGUGGAAGGAGAUCGAUACUGGCACUCCAUCAGCCACCUGCAGCCAGAGACGUCCUACGACAUCAAGAUGCAGUGCUUUAAUGAGGGAGGGGAGAGCGAGUUCAGCAAUGUGAUGAUCUGUGAAACCAAAGCUCGGAAGUCUUCAGGUCAGCCUGGUCGACUUCCACCCCCAACUCUGGCCCCACCUCAGCCGCCACCCCCUGAAACCAUCGAGCGGCCAAUGGGCACCGGGGCCAUGGUGGCGCGCUCCAGUGACCUGCCCUACCUGAUCGUUGGGGUCGUCCUGGGCUCUGUCGUCCUCAUUAUCGUCGCCUUCAUCCCCUUCUGCUUGUGGAGGGCCUGGUCCAAGCAAAAACAUACAACAGACCUGGGUUUUCCUCGAAGUGCCCUUCUGUCCUCCUCCUGCCAAUACACUAUGGUACCACUGGGAGGACUCCCAGGCCACCGAGCCAGUGGACAGCCCUACCUCAGUGGCACCAAUGGACGGGUCUGCACCAAUGGGGUACAUGUGAACAGGGGCUGCCCAGCAACUGCAAUGGGCUACGCAGGCGUGAAACCUCAGCAACACUGCCCAGGGGAGCUUCAGCAGCAGGAUGACACCAACAGCCUGCUGAGGCAGACCGUUCUUGGCAAUGGAUAUGACGUCCACAGUCACCAGAUCCCAAGGGGAGCCAAGGCUAACCCAGACGGGGGCACCCUCUUAUACACACUGCCUGAUGACUCAACAUGCCAGCUGCUCCAGACCCAUCAGGACCGCCCCCACCUCCAGGAGAAGCCUGCUGCUGCCAGCCAGUCAGGAAGGAGGGGUGUGCCCCAGAACCCUGGGCUGGAAGCAACGUGGGACCCUCUUUUUCACCCAGGUCCCCCGUGCUGCUUGGGCCUUGUCCCGGUUGAAGAAGUGGACAGUCCUGACUCCUGCCACGUGGGUGGAGAGUGGUGUCCCCAGCACCCCACGGGGGCCUACACAGGACAGGAGCUUGGGCUGCGGCUCUCCCCCAGCCCACCAGUGCACGUGUCUUUCGAAACACCACCUCCCACAAUUUAGGCAGCAGCCAAUAUUCCAGAAAGACUAUAUAUAUUGUCGUUUUUAAAAAGAGAGACAGAGAGAAUUGGUAUUUAUUUUUCUAUAAUAGCCAUAUUUAUAUAUUUAUACACUUGUAAAUAAAUGUGUAUGUGUUUUUAUAAUUCUGGAGAGACAUAGGGGAAUCCUACCCGUGGCGGUGUGAGAGGAAAAACAAGCUACAACAUAACAGGAGUCAACCAGGAAAGCGGAACAGAGACUGGCCAGAACAGCCUGAGGAGGCGGCAGGAGGCCCACAGAGCAGCUGCUGAAGGGAGGAACCCUAGGCACACUGUCCGUGAUGACAUGAGAGAACAGCAAGGGUCGUGGUAUUAUAACAGGCUGGAGACACCUGUGAAGAUGGUCGGACCUGGUGCUACAGGAAAUGUUUUCAGGAGAUGCCCGUGAGAAUAGACUCAGAUGUGUACAGUACUAUAAGCAUUAACAAACCUUCCAGAAUCAAUAAUCUGUGGCAGCAUAUCUCUAAAAACAAACACUGUAACUUCUAAAUAAAUGUUUAGUCUUCCCUGUAACCUUCAGCUUAGUCAUGUAUGAGUCAGCGUUCUCCUUAGAGGUUAGGAUUCAGUCUUUGAGUAUCUGAAGAAAAUACCCACUUGUGAGAUUUUCAGAUCCAGCAAGAGAUCUGGAAAAGGUAGCAGAUGUUUCUCAUUUUUUUGUCUUUGUAAAUAUUGAAUGAAUGUCCGUUGUGUU